GCGAGUAGUCACUCAUUAGUCUAGACAGCAGAGGUGGAGUGGACAGCUCAGCUGCAAGACACUGUCUGACUCCUGUGAGCAAACAAUGGCCAAAUUUGAAGACAACAGGGACUGUCAGAGGGACCAAACUGGACAAAUGGUGUUCAUAUCAAACCCACUGAUGGCAGACACAGAAUCCGAUUGGUCUCCUAUUCACGAUGCUGCCUACAAUGGAAGGCUGCUGUCUUUGAGGAACACUAUUCAGCAGGGAGUGAGUGUGAACUCCGUCACACUUGACCAGGUUUCUCCCCUGCUGUUGGCAUGUCUGCAGGGGCAUGUUGCCUGUGCCAAAACACUGCUGGAGCAUGGGGCGAAUGUGAACAUUCCAUCUGUGGACGGGGCCACGCCCCUCUCAGAGGCCUGCACCAAUGGGAGAGCAGACUGUGUCAGGUUGCUGCUGCAGCACGGAGCCUCAGUGCGGCCCGGAAGCAUCUCGUCCUCCUCCCCAAUCCACCAGGCUGCCGCCAAAGGUCACACAGAGUGCGUUGAGGUUUUGCUAGAGCAUGGCGUGGAUAUUGACCUGAACACAGGCCAGUCUGGCUCGCCUUUGCACACGGCGUGUGCCAAUCAGCACCUUGGCACUGUGAGGAGACUUCUACAACUAGGUGCCAGUGUUAACAGCAGUAGGAACGGAGAAGCUCCACUGCACAUCGCAUCUCAGCUGUCGAACCCGGAGCUGGUCAAGGCCCUGCUGGACCAUGGCGCUGACCAUAAGGCCAAGAACAAAGCAGGCAAGCAGCCAGUGGACAUGGCGCCCGAUAACAGCCCUGUUCGGAAACUGCUGGCAGACUACCAGGGCCGCUGCUAAGGUUUUGGAGGCCCUAAGCAUAACUGGUCAUAACAGGCCCCCCUCAUAAUUAGCUGUACCAUUUCAGGGAAUGUAGGAUGGUGUUUAUAUCAGGCACAACAGUUAGUUUGACAGAAUUGAGUAAUGGAAUAGGCCUACACAUUUAUUCUAAGAAAAAUGAUUGGGCCUUUAGAUAAGUAAUAAAUACAUGUUUUUUUGUAAUGUAAUUUAAUAUUUUAUGACGUUUUUCACUCAAUCUCAUUUUAGGAGGCCCCAAUUUUGGGGGCAAAGUGGGUGAGGUCCUAAGUAUACUCUGCUUACUCUAGCGGCGGUG